AUGGACGGAAAUGAGUUGAACAUUAUGGUAACAACGUUGAACAAUGAACAAAGAGAAGCUUCUGUAUCUGUUGAAUCAUCAUUCAUCAUAAUUGAAGUUGUGCAAAUGCCCAACAUGAAUAUGAAUUCGACUCUUGAUUGUAUAAACAUUUGCAAAGUGAAGUCAAAUAAUUCAAAUAUCAUACUCAAAACUAUCGACAGUUGUAACAACCUGAAUUCACUCGAUUGUUUAUUAGAAACAGAAGUGCUAACAAAUGAGCAAGAAAUGAGAGAAGAUAAAGAACAAGAAGAAGUUUAA